AUGCCCUGGAGCACCAGCACAGCAUUGGUCUUUCCAUCGGCGCCCCGUCAGCUGCCACCAGAACUUAAACUGGCUCAAGCUGUGUCCGAAUUCGCGCAAGCCCUGGAUGGGGAGAGGAAACGGGACUUCAUGAGAUUACAAGCGCAAUGUGCCGGUUCACCUCCUACUGCCUCCGACGUCAUCAAGAUGACUGAGGAGCUAAAUAGAGAGGGUGCUCGGCGACAUGCCUCAUGGACACCGGCGGCCGGAACACGACUUGGCGGGUUUCUUAGUCGAUUACAGAAAUUUGCAGAGGCUGGAGAUGUCUUAAUUGGAGGCUCGCAAAGCCUGAUCGCCUCAGGUGUCUGGACGGCAGUAAGAGUCUCACUGGAGGCAGCAUUAGGACACUAUGCUUAUUUUGACCAGGUCUCCUCACUGUUGAUGAGGUUGACACAAAAAUGGUCCAUUACCUUGGAGUUUGCGAAGCACUUUCCUGACUCACCUGAGUUGCAAGCAUUCCUUGCCGAGUACCUUGCUCGAGUGGUCCAGCUGUGCCAGAAGAUUCUGGUAGUUGCCAAAAGGCCACCCUAUCUCCUCCUGGCAGCAUCGAUAUUAUCAAGCUUCGAAAUCGAGUUCAAGCCAAUCGAGGACGAACUGAACCAUUGGACCGAUCUAAUCAAGAGCAAGUUUGAGAUCCUUGCGAAUAAAGCUGCUCAAGAGCAGCAGGUUGCUAUCAAGGACGCCGGGAGGUUGUUACGUCGCUUUCACACAACAAGGGAAAGGAAACGCGGAACCCCGAGCUGGAUACUCAACGCUCCCGAAUACAAGUUAUGGAAGACGGGCACUCGAUCCGUGCUGAGGGUUACUGGUCAUUUUGGUUGUGGUAAAACCGUUGGCCUCGCAAGCAUCAUUUCGGACGCUAUUAUGGAGAACAAGAAGUGCGCUGGCUUCAUCUGCAAAAAAGAUGAUCCAAACACGCUUGAUGGGCUUACAAUCCUGGGUAGUAUUGCCCAUCAGCUGCUGCAAUCAAGUACAGUCCGUCAAGACUGGGAAGCAAUGAUCCAGCGAAAUCCUAGUAUUAUCGUUGGGUCGAUGGCUACCUCCUCUAUCGUGCAGCUCCUUCAGAGUCUGCUACCUCAAAACCAAGCCUUUUACGUUGUACUCGACGGACUGCAGGAGUGUGCAAAGCAGGAAGUCGAAGUUGUCUUGGAAGCACUACACGACCUUCGCAAAGCACACCAAAUAUCUGUAUGCUUUUCAAGAACACUGGAUGGUCUUCCUGUUGAACUUACCGAGGAAUACCUUGGCACAGCUGCUGUGCUAUCUUUGAACAAUUCUCAACGCGAUGUUGAAAUCGGGCAUUUCAUCAGAACCGAGGUACAAAGACGAAAUGCCGUUCGCCAGCCUCCUUUGAACAGCGAGCUGGAGAAUCUGGUAAUAGAGCAGCUAACGCUAGGAGCACAAGGAAUGUAUCUCUGGGUAUCGCUUCACCUGGAAGCCCUGUUUCCAUCUCACAACGAUGGCAUCUUGACUGACGAGUCUGUAUUAAACAUAUUAAACCACUUGCCCCAGGAUUUACCGCAGGCCUUUGAUCAAGCGCUUGGACGAAUCUCUGAUCUACGCUAUGGCGAUCGGAUAUUUCAACUGGUGGCGCUCAAUGUUGCCCUCACUGUUCAACCUGGCAAUAAUAUUUGGAACGAAACCAAACUGCCACGCAGUACCAAGCAGGUUGUUGCUCGCUGUGGGGGCGGCUUGCUAGAAAUUGACGAGGAAGACAACUGCGUUCGUGUGGUAGGAAUGGACGGCAGAAGGCUGGCUCGGAGCUGGAUAUCGGACGCCGAAGCAUUUAUGGGAUCAUUGGAUCGACGCGUAGUUUUGCUUUCAGAGGCGCUGAAGAAAGAAGCAUCGAGUUACAACCCGAUAUUGGCCAGCGGAGAUAAACACCGAACAGUGGCCGCCAAGCAACUCAACAUUUUUCCGAUUCUGCUAGAAUUGAAGGAUCAGAAAUCUGAUGAGGGCAUCAUGACGUGCUUUCUGCCUUACGCAUCCAAAUACUGGACUCAACAUACAGCCCAUCUGACCGAAGAAGAUGAAACUAAGAUCGACAUACUAUGGAGAGAAUUGGUGAAUAAUAGGCCGCCGCAUAUCUUGAUUCCUUGGAGUCAAUCAUUGGACCAAUUGGCCGACCAAGGAGGGAUGUUGGAGUACGCCAUUAGUCACUCGCAUGCGUACCUUUAUCGUCUCAUCAUGAGGAGUUUUCCUGGAGUCAACACUUUCCUGUGGACCGGUCACUGGGCGCUAAAGAAGGCCUCGAAGAGAGAGAACCGAGCUCUAUGGCUGACUGAGAUGAUAAAUCGUUGCUUGGUUGCAGGUUCUUCUUUCGUCCACGCAGCCUACUGGUUUGCCUUAUUGCUAAACGAUGUGGAGGAAGAAGAUUUGAAAGCGAUGAAAAUGACGCCUGAGGACUCCAAGAAAUACCACUAUGCACUAUUCAUGGGAAGGGACUUCGUGGAAAUCACGGCCGAGAACGCGACAGAUCGUUUGUGGGCGUCAGUUGAAACGGCAUGCUCAUUUAUACCAAAAGCUUUGGAUCGUGGAGAUAAUCCCCGAAGCGUUUGCAAAGCUAUAGCCGGGGCUCUCAGAGUUCUGGCCAUGCGGCUGUCUCUGCAGGAAAGCACCGCAAAAGAAAACUCGAACUCUGCCAGGGCCGCUUUUUGGAGGUCCUUAGAGGCACUUUCCAGGGAUGGAGAUGAGGACACCUUUCAUACCUUUUGGAACUAUCGGUUGUCGGUGGUCAACUGGGGAGGAGACGCACAAUACCUCGAGUCAGCGAUGCCGAUACUUCGAAACGCUUCCAAACACAACAACUUCAAACUGGUCAGCAAGGUUGUGGCAAGUAUGAAAUCGGGCGUCGAGUUAUCUAUUCUCGAGCAAAUAGUGGAAGAGGUCAAACAACAAGCACAAUCCAUAAUCCGUCCGAAACUUCUUCUAGGUCCGCUGAUGGAGUCCGCAAGCUAUGUCAAGGACCAGAAGCCGAUCGAAGGUCCCUGGUUAGCUGAGGUUAUGAAUUAUAUGAUGAACAAAGAAUACGACAAAGUACUGGAAACAAUCCAUCACAUUAUACCCUCCAACGAUGGUGUCACAAACAGCAAUCUCAUCAUCCUAAAUAACGUGGUUCAGCAAGAAAGGGUACUUCGUUGGGUCAUUACAAACCGAUACGAUAAGGUUUUUCGAAAGCUACCGUUCUUGCGGCAGGCGAUAUUGUAUUGGCCGACCGUCCUCCUUUAUGCUAUAACGACUUAUGCACAUGCGGACGCCCCACACGAUGAAGACGCUGAAAGCGAGUCCAUCAUUUUCUUCGGGUUGCUUGAAGAGAUGAAACUGAUUGACUCUAAAGACUAUUGCACCAUAGGCUCUGAGGAUGGCUUGGACGUUGACCCAGGAUGGACAGCACUUCAUGCGGCAACUCUAUGGCAGCCUUUCGCAGUCAAGGCUCUGUUGGAAACUUGGCCCGACAUGUUGGGUUUAGCGCUAUGA